UCCCUCUUCAACCUUCUGCUUUCUGGAGGGGCACCUUCAACCAGCUCCGCGGUGCACUGGCAGCAGUUUCCUUAGUUUUAAAGAACAAUUGGAAAUAACAGAUUAACACAGACACCAUGUCGUUUCUGACUGUCAGUAGGUUAGCACCUAAGCUCCUCAAUUCAAAGAAUGCCACCUCCUUCCUUGUGGCUGCCAGACAUGCCAGCGCAUCAACAACAAAUCUGAAGGAUGUUCUGGCAGACCUCAUCCCUAAAGAACAGACCAGGAUCAAGAGCUUUAAACAACAGUAUGGCAAAACCAACAUAGGACAGAUUUCUGUCGACAUGGUCUAUGGAGGAAUGAGGGGGAUGAAGGGCCUGGUGUACGAGACCUCUGUGUUGGAUCCUGAUGAGGGCAUCCGUUUCCGGGGCUACAGCAUUCCAGAGUGCCAGGGGUUGCUGCCUAAAGCUCCAGGCGGUGAGGAGCCGCUGCCUGAAGGCCUCUUCUGGCUGCUGGUCACAGGACAGGUGCCCACUGAGGAGCAGGUCAGCUGGGUGUCCAAAGAGUGGGCGAAGAGAGCAGCACUUCCCUCUCACGUUGUCACCAUGUUGGAUAAUUUCCCCACAAACCUCCACCCCAUGUCUCAGUUCAGCGCUGCCAUCACAGCUCUGAACAGCGAGAGCAGCUUUGCACGGGCAUACUCUGAGGGCGUCCACAAGUCCAAGUACUGGGAGUUUGUCUAUGAAGACUCCAUGGAUUUGAUUGCCAAGCUGCCCUGCAUUGCUGCCAAGAUCUACCGCAACCUGUACCGCGAGGGAAGCAGCAUCGGAGCCAUCGACUCAAACCUGGACUGGUCCCACAACUUCACCAACAUGCUGGGCUACAGCGAUGCCCAGUUCACUGAGCUAAUGAGGCUCUACCUCACCAUCCACAGUGACCACGAAGGAGGCAAUGUCAGUGCCCAUACCAGCCACUUGGUGGGUAGUGCUCUGUCUGAUCCCUACCUGUCCUUCAGCGCUGCCAUGAAUGGUCUGGCUGGUCCUCUGCACGGCCUGGCUAAUCAGGAGGUACUGGUGUGGCUGACUGCCCUGCAGCAGGAGUUGGGCGGAGAGGUGUCUGAUGAGAAGAUGAGGGAUUACAUCUGGAACACUCUGAAGUCUGGAAGGGUUGUGCCAGGCUAUGGCCACGCUGUCCUGAGGAAGACUGACCCACGUUACACCUGUCAGCGAGAGUUUGCCCUGAAGCACCUGCCCAACGACCCCAUGUUCAAGAUGGUUGCCCAGCUUUACAAGAUUGUGCCCAACGUGCUCCUGGAACAGGGCAAGGCCAAGAACCCCUGGCCCAAUGUGGACGCCCACAGCGGAGUGCUGCUCCAGUAUUACGGAAUGACUGAAAUGAAUUACUACACUGUGCUGUUCGGUGUGUCCCGAGCCCUCGGCGUGCUGGCUCAGCUGGUGUGGAGUAGAGCCCUCGGCUUCCCCCUGGAGCGCCCCAAGUCCAUGAGCACGGAUGGACUGAUGACACUGGUGGGAGCCAAGUCAGGCUGAGGAACCACCUGAAAAGAGCUGGGGGGUUAGUGUGUGAAGGGUGGGAGGAGGUUGAAACAUCAAAAAGGCAGACAUAAGUGGUUGACCCCCUGUCAAUUCCAACCCCAGGGAUUCAAUGGGAUUCAAAGAGACAGUACUCUUUUAAUGUCAUUUCACAAAAGAAGGGCCUUUUUUUAACUGUCACACCGUUUAGUGUUUGAGUGCGUUUAGUUUAAAGGACAAGCUUUUCCUAUAAGGUCUCCACAUUUGGAACAUGUGAAAACUUCAGAAACAUAAAUGUAACCCACAGUAGGCUCAAACUAUGUACCAUUAUACGUCUGCUAGCAUCCCCAGGGCACUGGGUCUGAACUAUGAAUAGGCAGUGGCAUUCAAAGGGAAUUGUGGAAGUGAAAAACUCUUCCUUUGUAUUUGUUUAAAGAUCUAAAGUUAAAUACGCGACUCAACCUUUUGCUGCUUUUGGCUAAUGCAGUGAUUUUGCUUUAGAGGAUAUCCCUAAGCAAAAGACCCUUUUCAUCCAAUUAAGGCUCCCCACUAGGUUUCGUCUAUGCAAUGUUCCCAGAUGUCAUCUCCCCCCAGUCUAUCCAUGUGUUUCACUCCCAUAUAAGAACACUCCAGUUUAGAAUAAAGGUCCUCACCACUAAAAUUAAAAGGCCGUUAAAAAUAUAUAUUCAAAAUUGAUUGAAAGUGAAAAUUGGUUAAAAGAUACUGCCCCUUUAAAUCUUUGGUCCCUCCUUUUUUCUCCAACUUGUAGUUUUUUUUAUUUUAAUCAUGACCUAUAUUGCCUCUAUGAUCAAAAUAACUGUCUUGUCUAUAUAGAAAUAAUUCUUCUUCGUUAACAUGCAUUACUGUUUUUUUAAAGGGUCUCUGCUCAUAAGGUCCUCUGAAUGGUAGAGAAUCAAGAAUGUACAGUAAUAAUAAAGAUUAUAGCAAAGGGUGUUGUAAUUGGCAGCCUGUAAUAAAUCCUUAAGAGCAAGCUUGAAUUUUAAAAAAAGAAAGGUGGGAUAUGGGGUCUUUGUAUUUGUUAAAUUCAUGUCUUAUUUGAGUGUUUGUGACUUUAUCCCCAGAGGACAGCGCUUUAAACAUCAACUACUCCAAAAUGAGCACUUGCUUGAUUGGAUAUCCUAAUUUGUAGUAAUAGAGACCCCCCCCAAGGUUGAAUGAGAGUCUUUGGUGUGGAAAAUGUAUAAAACGAUAAUUUUCUCAUUUUGUGGUUGUAUUUAUACUUUGUGUACAUAGGUAUAUAUAUGUAUAGCUUGAAUGUAUGAGCUCUGUGCGAUCACUUGCUUGUAAUGACCACAAUGAUUACCAUAGCUUACCAACAAUCACGUAGUGUCCAGUCUCACUCUAAUGUCCCGUCUCACUGGUCACUCUGACAACGAACAAAAAGGAAAAAACUGCAGCUAUCUUGUAUAUACACGAUUUCUUGCCUAUAUCUGUGGGCUUAGCCGGUGCUGUUGUUUUUCAGGUGUUUCACUUGAAUGUUUCAAGCUUGCUCUUAAGUUCUGGGUUUGUCAACACUCCAUUUUUGUGUAACUUAAGUUCUUGCAUCCUUUCUUCCUCUUUUUUUUCCCCCCAAAGUAUUCUUGCCGAAUUAGUCAGUAGUUCACUCAGAUGUUAGAAUCUCUGCCCUGCUACCAUCUUCCUUCUGGCUUCUAUCAGGCAUGUGUGUGUUUUAUUGUAGUGUUUUUUUUUCCUUGUGGGUUCAAGAGCUGUGGUUAUUUUGAUCAUAGAGGAGCAUAAAGGUUGUACUUGAUAACUGGGAGAAUUCAUUGCAGAUGGAUUUGUUAGAGAAACGCUUUGGGAUUGGGGCUGGAUGGGUCAAAAGGGCAAGAUAAACUAAGGAAAACCUAAUUUAAAAAAAAAAAGAAAAAUAAUAAAGGUUUUUAUCAACACUU